AAGCCGCAGCGCUUCCCACAAUGCACUCCCCGACCAUCAGCGGGAAACCAAAAUGGCGAACGUGCUGGGAGAAAAUGAGCCGUUUGUUAUCUUCUGAGCAGGACACGAGCCCCGCAAGUUUUCGCGACACACUCCUGAGACACGUUUAACCACAGAGGGAGCGGGAAAACGGCGACCACUCCAUUUGACUUUGUUUUGUCUCACGAGUUGUUGGUUUUAGCGGAGGGGACCGAAUGAGAGACUCAGGGGUUGUGGACCACCCGUCUCUCCAUCACAGAGCUCACCCCCAGCGGCAGCAGCAGGCUGUGUCCUUGUCCCCCACACGCCUGUCUGCUCGGGGAGAGUAUGGAGAAGACGACAUGUCUGUCAGGUUUUCAGAGGGACAGGACGUCUUGGCCCGGUGGUCAGAUGGCUUGUUCUACUUGGGGACAAUCACAAAAAUAGACCGGGACAAGCAGCGGUGCUUCGUUGUUUUUGAGGAUCGGUCGAAGUCUUGGGUUCUUUGGACGGAUAUUCAAACAGGGGAUGAAGAUGAUGACGAUGAUGAGGUUGAUGACAUCGUCUGCUCCAUAUGCCAGGAUGAAACUUCAGAUGAACCCAACGAGAUUGUCAUUUGUGAUAAGUGUGGACAAGGUUACCAUCAGCUAUGCCACUCCCCCAUUAUUGACGCCUCUGUCAUUGACUCGGAUGACAAGUGGCUCUGCUCAGAGUGUGAGGUCACUUCUAUCCCUCAGAGGGGGGGUGCACACAGGAGGGAUGUUUUUGCUAAAGGCUUCCUGCAGCAAGAGCCGCAGCAGCACAUGGAGCUGCACCUCUCAUUUCCUUACACCCUGGAAGAACUGGUGUGGGACCAGGGCCAUAAGACUAACAUCCAGCAGUGUUACUGCUACUGUGCCAGCCAAGGAGACUGGUACCUGAAGAUGUUGCAGUGUAACAGAUGUCAGCAGUGGUUCCACGAGGCCUGUCUCCAUUGCUUACAGAUGCCCAUGCUCUACGGAGAUAGGUUUUAUCUGUUUAUUUGUUCUGUUUGCAAUGCUGGACCAGAGUACCUCAGCCGACUGCCUCUCAGAUGGGAGGAUGUCACACACUUGAGUCUGUACAACUUGAGUGUGAUCCACAAGAAGAAGUACUUUGACUCAGAGAGGGACCUCAUGGCUUACAUCAACGACAACUGGGAGCUGCUGCAGCUCGGAGAGCUCACCAGUACUCCGAAAUCAGAGCGAUUUGAAAGUGUUCUGGAGGCGUUAAAAAAUAACAGCAGCAUGUUCAUGUCUGGGAAGGAGGUGAAGAAAAAGAAACACUUAUUUGGCCUGAGGAUUCGUUUCCCUCCUGCUCCCCCCAACUCUGAUGAGUCGACCAGCAGAGUGAUGGAGAGUGCUUCACACGAAAUCUCCAUUAAAGGAUGCAAGUCCACCAAAAUCAUGUCUGGCAUGAGAACUUGCAGUACUUUAACCAACGGCACAGACAAGAAGAAAAAGAAAAAGAGGAAGCAAGGCGUACGUUCUCUGGAGAGACUAGCUACACCACGGCACUCCAGUGAACUCUUGCCCCAGCAACUAAGAAAGCCUCUGCCACUAGAGCCACAUGCACUGGUUCACUUCACUUCUAUCAACACCAGGAGUGACAGGUCUGUGCUGUCUUCAAGAACUUCAGACGUGGAAUCCAUAGGAGCCCUGAGCACCUCAGAAACUACCUCAACUAGCAUUUCAAGACAGUCCAGCCUCUGUAGCUCCAGCAAGAUGCGCACGACAGCCUGCGUCAUGCCAGUUUCCCCUCCACCCUUAAAAAGGAAACGCGGAAGACCACGACGGGCACUGCAGCCCCCUAACCCGGAGAUCCCCUCACCCAGCCAUGCAGACCCAAACCCCUCGGCGUCAGAGAUGCUGAGCAGCCUCCCGGGGCUUCACUCAACGGACAUAGUUCACGGCAUGGACCCAAAUAGCCAGCUCUCCCACCUCAAAAGCUCCAUCAGCAGCUAUUUUGGUGCGGCAGGGCGGCUGGCUUGCGGUGAAAAGUACAAGGUCCUGGCCCGACGGGUCACCCUCGACGGCAAGGUGCAGUACCUGGUGGAGUGGGAAGGAGUCACUGCCUCCUAGGCUUCGCACCGUCAUCGUCACUUGUAAGGCUUAACCAGCACCUCUUAAGAGGUUUAUGGCUGAGGUGAGGAGGCUUCCACACCCUGUAUUCUGAGCAUUAAUUGAUAUAUGCCUUUGUUUAGUUUAGACAGGAGCAGGUUUAGCCUGUUAUGCUCACUGUAAAGCCUACUGGUUCUGUGCAGUACAAGUUGAUUAUAGCACAUUUAAACUUAUGUUUGUUGAUUACAGAUUGAAGGCGAGACAUUGUCAUUUUACCGCACCAUAUUUGUGUUAAUCUGCUUUUAACUUUCUUUAUCUGCUUUGGAUGUUUACAGAACCCCCCCCCCACACACACACACACACUGAUCAGUGCACUGCACCUGUAGGCUUUCAGUGAACCGUUAUUAUGCUCGAUUUUUGAUCCAGUGAUAUGCUUUUUAUUUCCUGACCCAUUCUGUAUGAAACUGUACAAAACGAACAAAAUGUAGUUGGCCAGGCAUUCAAAUAGUGAAUCCUGGUGGAUGAGAGAAAGGGGAAGUUUUGUUCCUACAUAUUAGUUUGACAAAUUGCAAAAGUGCAGUGAGGAAUUAAAUGUUUGUUUAACAUUAAUUUUCUUAAGUGUCCCCUCCUUCUCUAGUCCCAGCUGCAAGUACCUCUUGUUGCCUUGGACAUGUAUCUCCUUCAGUUCUGUUUGGAAAGUGUGCUUUUGUGAGUAGAGCAAGAGGAAAUCAUAACAAAAGUGACGUGCUGCUGCAAAUGUUUUAUUUUAUAUAGAAUUAUACAACAAUUAUUAUAACCUUUUUCUACUUAUAUGUUCUCAUAUGCCUUUUUCUGUUCAGGGGGGCUGAUUUUUUUUUUUUUUACUAAUGGAUUGCACAAAUCAAAUGAUAUCUGAUAGGACAUCAUCUCAGUUUGAAGGUUUUUUUCAGCCCCUACAAGGCAGCAUUUAGCAUGUAGGUCGUAUCUCCCAGCAGUUUAAGUAUGAGAAUCUUACAAAAUAACAUUCCCCAAAAUGAAAUCCUCUUUUCAGUUUAUAAAGGUUCAGAAUCCCAAUCCAAUUAGAUACAUGGUAAACUGUGCAUUCUGGAAAAAAAGUUGUUUUCAUAGUUGAUAUGUUAAGAAGCUUCAACCUUUGUCUAAAUGAAUAUCCUUUUAACGUAUUCUGAUUUGAAAUUAUAAAAUGACAGUUACCUUUUGAAAUCUUUGAGGACCUAUUUAGUUUUUAAUUUGUCUUAUAGUUAUUCAAAAAUAAAGUGCUGCGUAAGAAUAUUAUUAUAUACCCAGUUUAGAUUUUGUCUGUGUUUUUUUUUUUGUGCUGCCUAUGCAAGUUAGUCCUGGAAAGAUGUAUUGUUUCAUACGACUCGACAGGAACUUCGGCAUAACAAUUUUGAUCAUUUGACUCAGGCGUUUCAAUUUUGUCAUGUGACCAGUGCAACAAAAAAUUUACUUAAAAAUGCACUUGGAUUUUUUCAGUCAAGUUCACCUUGUAAUCUACACACUCAGGAUAUGCCCCAAAAACUUCACUGUAUUUGCGUAGGCCAGCAUUUGCAGCUCGACAGGAGGUUUUGAUAUGUUGUUUACUCAGUGUUUUGGGUCAGUAUUUUUUAUAUUGGGUCCUCCGUUUGUCACAUUGCUUUGGGCCAUUGUGUAUUAAUAAGUCGUAGUGCAUAUUUACUGCUACACUUGCUUGUUUAAACUGAGUCAGAAAACUUUCACUGGAAAACUAAUAUGCUGUAUGCCACUGUAAGAGGUAAAUAUUCAGUUGGUGUGACUCUCCUUCGCUGGAGGUGUUGUGGUCAAAAUGGACAGACCUGUUGGACAUUGAUACCUCGUCGUCGCGCGGAUGUAGUCUGCACAUUCAAAGCUUCUCUCCUCUGUCCGGUCAGUGUCUCAGCCCCCAUCACGCUGCCACUGACUUUCAGCAGCCAAAGAACAAACCGUCUUCUUUGUCUCUUGAGAUUCUUCUUAUUACAUUUUGACAUACCGUUAUAUUAGGUUGACGUGUUAUUUUCAAACCUGUUUUGUUAAGUGAUAAAUAAAAGCAGAUAUUUUUAA